GGCGGUUCUACUGAUCGGUCGUGGGUUUGGUUAGUACAAGGACAAGGAGGACGAGAGGCGGAGAAAUGAACGCUCCGGAUCGUUACGAGCGCUUUGUUGUGCCUGAGGGCACCAAGAAGGUUUCAUAUGAGAGGGACACCAAGAUCGUCAAUGCGGCCUCCUUCACCGUCGAGCGCGAAGACCACACGAUCGGAAACAUCCUCCGAAUGCAGCUGCACAGAGACCCCAGUGUGCUCUUUGCGGGUUACAAGCUUCCACACCCCUUGCAGUACAAGAUCAUAGUUAGGAUCCAAACGACAAGCCAGUCUUCACCGACUCAGGCAUAUAACCAGGCGAUCGAUGACCUCGACAAGGAGCUUGACUAUCUGAAGAAGGGUUUCGAGGACGAGAAGAACAGGUACGAUGAAAAGCUUAGGCAGGGAUACUAGGUGGAUGAUAUGGCGGAUGAGCGCGAGCUUGAGUAAUGUAUUGCAAGUGUUUUUUUUUCUGGUGGUGACUGAAAUAAUUAAAAAUUUAGAUUAUUAACAUGCAAUCUAUGAUGGACAUGAACUUUAACGUAAUGUGGUGACUUGGGUCUAAGUUUAUUACUCAGUGAGUUGGAUUAUAGAAAGGUUAACUUGAGGACAAUGUCUCUCUGCAACAUUUGAAUUAAAUCUGUGGGGAUGUUUACAUUUGCACACAGCAAUCGUGAUGUUGGGAUUUGUAGGAGGAGGCUUUGAUAAGUGUUGUAUAUAAAGGUAAUAAUUUUAGCUGUCAAUUGAUUAGAAUAGAUUUUUAGCUGUAGAUUGAAUAGGAUAGAGACCUGCCCUUUUGAAGGAAUUGAAUGGUGCCCUCUCUUAUGCUCCAAAACAAUACAAGGGUUGAUGGAACAACCUUCUCCUACGAAUUAAUAUGAGAGAACCAUCCAUGGAUUAAAGUUGAAAAUGAUUUCUCAAUUGCCACCGUAGGCAGAUCCUAAUAAAUUUCAGUGUGGCAAGAACAGAUAGUUUCUUGUUGAAGUUAAAAUUCUCGUUAAGUCCCCUUUUAUCUUGAUAAUAAAUUACAAGAGUGCAUUGCAUGUUCCUAACCUUUUGGGCCUUAAUUAAUAUCCUACCAAAUUUUACUGCAUGUUGUGUACAUCCUUGCUCUAGUUGUCCAAUGGACCAGGAUUCUCAUCAGUCAAUCGGCAUUAUACCAUCAUCCGUGGAGAGUGCCCCUGCCACUGCUGCCUUGUGGGGAAGGCAUGGGAUUUAACCCCAUCCAAUUCCCUACCAACAAACAGUUGCAAGGGAGACCGAAGGGCUAAAUCCUCAAACCCCAUCCUCUCUUCUCCGCCCUUCUCGGUCUCUCUCUCCCUCCGCACCCCCACCCCCCCCCCCCCCCCCCCCCCGCCUUCUCUUCACUCCCAAAUCUCUUCUUCCUCCUCCUCUACCAUGCCAACCCCCCACAGUGGGUAAUAAAUACUCCCCAACCCCACCAAAUUCCCUCCUCCCAUACCCUUCCAAGACCAAAAGAAGAAGACCGGCCUCUUCUCACGAAGAGACAUGGCUUGUGCCUCUGCACCUCAAUCUCUCCUCCUCUGCCUCUUUCUCCUCUUCUUUGUUGCCUCCACAUCCCACCUCACAUUCUCCGCAGAUGCUGCGGGCGGGCCGACGGCGUCGAUGAAGCCGGCGUCGGCGGUGGCGCCGGGGCUCAAAUCGGUGCUGAUCGACGAGGCCAAGCGGCGCCGACUCAGCAGCUUCCAGAUAUGCGCUCUCUGCACCUGCUGCGGAGGCCCGCGGGGCAUCUGCCUUCCUUCUCCAUGCUGCUACGCCAUCAACUGCAACAUCCCCAACAGGCCCUUCGGUUUCUGCUCCUUCACCCCCAAGACAUGCAACUGCUUUGGGUGCCACCUCUGAGACGCUCUUCUUCCCCUCCUAGGUUAUGAUCUCUACUUGCUUGAUCAUAUCACUGUGUGUGUUGGGAGUGCCAAUUGGAAAGGAAGAAUGUUCCUUUUGCUUGCCUUGGUAUUGGUUUACAUGUGUUGGAUCUGCAUAGGGGAUGAUUAAAAGUGUUUAUACUGAGUGGUACUUCUAAUUUCUA